GAGGGAUCUGUCCCUUCCUUGGCUAUGGGGGAUGCCAGGGAGCCGCCGGCGGGGGUCCUGCUGCCCACCCCGGCCCCCGAGGUGCUGGAGAGGGUGCUGAGCCAGCGCUACGGCCCCCUGCCCCGCGCCGCCGCCAUCACCCGCCUGCGCAAGCAGCCGGCCGGGGGCUACCAGCCGGCCGGAGACCCGGCGGACUUGCUGGAGCGGCGGCAAGUGGCCAACGCCAAGGAGCGCGAGAGGAUUAAAAACCUGAACAGCGGCUUCUCGAAGCUGAAGACCAUCGUGCCCCUCAUCCCCUGCGACCGCAAGCCCAGCAAAGUCGACACCCUGAAAGCUGCCACCGAGUACAUCCGCCUGCUGCGCCUGGUUUUGGAGGAAACAGGGGGAGUCAAGCAGCAGGACACCAAUGCUGAACAGGAGCUGGGUGACAGCAGUGGGGAGACCCCCAGGGGUGCCCCCCAAGACCUGGCCUGGAAGUGCCCCCCCCACAUGUGGGGUCACCCUGUCCUGCCCCCCUGUCCCGGGCUGCAGCAGGAGAGUGAGGGGCUGGUUUUUCCAGCAAAUCCCUAAAAAAUCAGGGUGUCCUGCAAAAAUCUGUGGGGGACCCAGAGUGACAGCUAAGUUCGAUGCUCAAGCACUGAUUUUUGGGGCUGCGGCUCCUGUCCCAGGGCUGGAUCCAGUCCCUCAUCCCAUUAAACCCAGCACUUCAACUGGCCCUGACCCCAAAAUGGGGGCAUGGUGGGGGUGUCCAUCACCCCUAAAACGUGGUGGGGAGGCCAGAGCUGUAAUUAAUUGCUGUAUGAAAAUGUAAUUAGCAAUUAGCAGUGCUGCUCCUUCCCCCGCCAGGUAAUGGCUUGUUUCAUGUAACUCCCAAUUAACGUUCUCGUAAUAAAAUCGGAUUUUGGGGGUGU